GCAUGAUGACGUUACAUUGAGGGCUGCGAGAGGAGUCAGAGAAAAGUGAUCCAACAAUGACAGCAGGGAGUUAAAGGGAAAACGAGUAUCAUAAUAAUAAUAAUACAAAAAACAUUGCACGUCGCGGCAGCAUCGCAACGAAACAAGGUGCGCGUUAUCGAGAACAUCUCACAAGAGGGCAGAGAGUGGUAAACAAGCUAAGGUUCAAAGAUUAAUAAUGGAAGCAACGAAAUAUUGCUGAUUUGUAACUGAUCCAGUCAGAUCAUUUUGUUUGGGGAUCGUCAGGAAAUAACGACGUCAGAAAAAAAAUGAAUCGUUUCUCUUUUUAAAAAAUAUUUCGUAUUUAUUUGGUAAAGGAAAAAGGUUGCGAAAUAUUAUACAUACCGUUACCAGGUCAUCAUAACCACGGACAUACGCAGCACGGUACGGUAGCGUGGGGAAAAAAACACACAAAGGAUUUUAAUGGUUGAAGUAAUCUCGAUGGGAGGUUGUUUUUAAUUGUCCUAACAUUUUCUCUUUUACAAAGCUUGAGUAAAGAGGCAAGGCCAUGCGUCCUCGAUUGUCUUGUUUGUUUGCUCCAAUUUGUCCGUCUAUGAGGACAUCAUCAACAGCAUCAUCUUUUCUGUCAUGGCCGCACUGGAGGUAUUGUGCGACUUUUUUAUACCUUUUACAGUUUCAGUUCCAACAGUUGUCCUGUCGGUCCAUGGAAUGGCACACAGCCUUCGUCACCACGACAUACCGGGAUCCCGCCACCAACCUGACUGUCACAGAAAACACGGAGAGUGGCAGGUAUGGGGACAGUUCCCCCAAGGACAGCGUCGACGGUCAUGUGGGGAUCCCCAGAACUGUAAAGGACACGGAGGGCUGUGACCCUAACGCCGAGUACUAUCUACCAACCCGAGCUGGCUCACUCACUACAGAGCCAUGGAUUGCACUGGUUGCCAGAGGCAAUUGUACGUUCAAGGACAAAGUAUUGAAUGCAGCUAGAAAAAAUGCAGCUGCAGUGGUCAUCUACAAUGAAGCAAAGUACGGCAACACUACCAUCCCUAUGUCCCAUAUUGGGACUGGAAACACAGUGGUCGUUAUGGUUGGCUACCCGAAGGGGAUUGAGAUUUUAGAGCUGGUCCGCAGAGGAAUCCCAGUCAAAAUGUCCAUAGCUGUGGGCACCCGCCAUGUGCAGGAGUUUUUAAGUGGUCAGUCUGUUGUGUUCGUGACCAUCGCCUUCAUUGCAAUGAUGAUCAUCUCUUUGGCUUGGCUUAUCUUCUACUACAUACAGAGAUAUCUGUAUACUGGAGCACAGUUUGGAAACCAGAACAAUAGAAAGGAGACCAAAAAAGCCAUAAGUCAGCUCCAGCUGCACACUGUGAAACGAGGAGACAAGGAAAUAAACCUGGAUGCAGAGAAUUGUGCAGUCUGCAUUGAAAACUACAAACCUAAAGAUGUUGUCAGAAUUCUUCCUUGCAAACAUGUUUUCCACAGGACGUGCAUUGACCCCUGGCUACUAGAUCACAGAACAUGCCCAAUGUGUAAACUUGAUGUUAUAAAAGCCCUUGGAUAUCUGGUGGACCCUGAAGAGGCCAUUGAAGUGACAGCCCCAGAGUCUCUGCCAGACAGUGUGACUAUCAGGAGCCUGAGUGUUUCCCUACAGGAUGAUGUGGACAAUGAAGCCAGCAGCAGCAGUUCCCCUUCUCACCAGACCCCGCAGGAUGACAGCGGGCCUGUGGAAGAAGCUGGAGAAUCAGUAGCUCUACUUGAUGACAAUCAGAAGUGUGAGGAUAACAGAGAAAAGACUCCUGAUCCUGAUGACAUCGCAGUCAUCUCUUGAACAACGACAAAGGACACACAAAGACUUUGCUUCAAACCCCUUUCCUUGCUACUCAAAUCAAGGACCUUCCUUACAAUCCUGAUCUGAGACUUGCUUAGAUGUUAAGAGCUCCAAAUAAUAUAUAAGAAUAUAUUUUAUGUAAUGCCACAUAUUAAGAAGAAAUGAUAGAUGUUUAACUACAGCUAUGGCCAAAAGUUUGGCAUCACCUAGAAUUUUAGGAUUGAGACAAUUUAAAAAAAGCAAAAAAAAAAAAAAAAAAAAGUUUGAAUGUUUCAUGUUAGAUUUCAAAAUGUCACAUUUUUCAAUUUUCUAUUUUUUGUUAAGUAUAUGGAAAACUACAAAGCGGUAUGUAAUUCAAUAGCUUAACGUAACAUUAUUCAGCAGGUUUCAUUCAACUUUAUGAAGCCAAAUUUGUUAAUUCUAUAGGAUGCUGCAAAAUGUUUGGUUAUAGCUGUAGAGUAAAACUUGCUAAAUUUGUUAAACCAACAGCAUCACACUGAGUUAUUGUCAUGCUUAUACAGUGAUUUGACAUUUCAAAGCAGAUAGGUCAAGGUUUUAUACAAUUUUAGUGUGAGGGGUAAAAUAAAGUGUAAAAUAGUAAAAAUCUGAGCGAUCUGGUCAAAGCAAAGGCAUCGUCCUGCUGAAGUAAUAUAACAUCAUUUUUUUAAAGCAUCCGUGUUGCUUAAAAUUCUUUAGUAUAUUAUCUUACAACAUUGUAUAAACAUUUUAGUUGAAAAAACUGUCAGCUUUCAAAUGUGUUUCGUCUCAGCCUGUUCCCUUUCAGCAACAGCACAGCUUGUUAGAACUGUCAGUGAUUUUAACUGUCAGUGAUAAGUCAUGCAACCACUAUGAAUAUGUGUUCCCCUUUUUCUUAAAAUGCCCGUGCUUUCAGUUAUAGAGCACUUACUUGUUGCAUGACUGGAGAGUCACUCACCGUUUUUUUUUUUAAUGCAACUUCAGUGAUGAACAAACAGUCAGGCGACAUGCUGACAGUUGUUGGGCAUCCUGGUUUUGUGGUGUGGUCUUUACACAAAGAACAGAUGUGGGUAAGCAGUGUCGCCAAAGUUAAGAUGCAGCAAAGCCACAUGCCUGGCUAGAGCCUCUACAUGGCAGCCUUGUGCAGGGUACAAUUAUUACUUUGUAUUAACUAUAAAACAUGAAGGCACAAACAAUAGAUCAUAAAUUACUAGAUAUCUUCUCUGACCUAGAGGUAUAUGCCCCAAUAUAAAAGAUGGUGUGAAAAAAAUCGUGAUCCAACAUUACAGUACUUUGGGAGAGGACGGUAUGAAUUAUUUCUAUUGGCUUCCUUAUCCAGCUAAUACUAUACAUGAUUGUAUAUGAACAAGUAAUCCACCAGUUUGUAAGUGUGAAAAGACA